AUGGGAGAUCGUUUUAAAUUUACAAGACUUCUCCUGCUUGCUAUUUUACAAGCCAUUGGAUUUAUCUUAAUAGUGGUUGCCACUCCUCUUGAUCUCCUCCACACGUGGGGAACAGAUGUCUGUUACGGUUUAUUUGGAGAAAAGAAGAGUUGUGGGGUCUAUGGAGUCAGCAUCACAAAUACUUCAUGGGGAUGCACAAGACGGAAAGUAACGAUGAUUAUUGCCGCUUCCUUUGGCAUUGCAAGUAUUCUCUUUUCUUUGAUUGCGACGAUAAUGGCUUUUCUGCAGUAUUUCCGUGUUUUUCUACUGCGUUGGGGUCUUUUCAUUAUUACGCUUAUGACUAACAUUACACUGUUGGUGACUUGGGCUUGUGUGGCGGAUGUCUUUCAUAGGCGCAUGUGUGGAGGAUCCACUGGACUGGGGGCGGUUUAUUUCUACGGCCCGGCCUUUGGUUUGAUUGUGUUUACUUGGGCGUUGGAAUUGAUUAUCUUUAUAUUGGCGGCGCUCAUUACGUUUUAA